AUGGCGAUGGGAUCUGUCAGCGACACCCUCUGGGAUGUCGUCAUCUGCGGCACCGGACUGCAGCAGUCUCUGCUUGCACUAUCCCUCUCGCGAUCGGGCAAGAACAUUUUGCACAUAGACCCCAACGACUACUAUGGCGGGGCGGAAGCGGCUUUCAACCUGCAAGAAGCUGAGUCCUGGGUUGACCGUCUGGCUACUGAGGACAAAGGCUUCUUCAGGUCCGCAUCUAUCACCAAGCCGGAUGUCGCAGGUCUCUCCUUCCCCAGAGCGUACUCGCUGGCACUGGCACCGCAAUUGAUCCACGCCCGCUCGGAGCUGCUAUCUCAAUUGGUUUCUUCCCGGGCGUACCGGCAGGUGGAAUUCCUCGCCGUCGGAUCAUUCUACAUCUUCAAAGCACCCUCCGGCCCCGAACAGCAACCCAGUCUCGUCCGCAUCCCCUCAACUCGUGAAGACGUCUUCUCGACCACGGCCAUCUCGGCCAAGGCCAAGCGCGGACUGAUGAAGUUUCUCAAGUUCGUGCUGGACUACGACCGUCUCGAGCAGAGAGAUGUUUGGAAGACUUUUGCCGGCAGACCCUUAGUGGACUUCCUCCAGGAGCACUUCAAGAUGGAUGCCGAGCUCAAGACCUACAUCAUCACCCUCACGCUCUCGCUGGAUGGCAAGAUCACCACCGAGGACGGAUUGUCUACCAUCUAUCGUCACCUGACCUCCAUGGGUCACUUUGGCCCCGGCUUCGCUGCUCUCUAUCCCAAAUGGGGCGGCAUUUCCGAGGUUGCUCAGGUUGCCUGUCGAGCUGGUGCGGUUGGUGGUGCUGUGUACAUGCUUGGCGCUGGUAUCAAGUCGAUGGCUACUGCUACCGAUGAGGUUGAGCUCGAGCUGACCAGCGGCGACAUGGUGAAAACCAAGUUGCUCGUGCGAGGGAAUGAAAGCGUUGGCGAUGGGCCGAGCAUCAGCAGGCUAGUGGCCGUUGUUGGUGUCUUGUACUUGACCACAAUGGCUACUUCCAACUCCAAGGAGGUCUUGAGCCGUGCUCUUGAAUCCUUUCUCUCCGCCAUGGACCAUGAUCAAGUUCCCCAGUGCUUGUAUCAGUUAUACUACGAGCAGGCUGCUGGUGUGAAGCAAAGUCGACUUGAUGAGUUGACCAUUGAUCUGCCCGGCCCUUCUCUUUCCCUCUCGAUGGACGAUUUGUUGCUGAAGCAUGUCCGUGAGGCGUGGAAGAAGGUCGCUAGCGACACAGCUGAUGAUGCAGAGUACAUGAUUUUCACAGAUCGUGAACCUGUGGAUGAUGAUGAUGAACUCGAAUGA